AUGGGUCUAUUUUCGUUCUCGGAUGUUCUAAAGGAUGUUGCGGGCAUGUUAAACGAAUCCCGCAAGCUCUCUCUCAAGAACAAGAAGCUGAUGUUCUCAGUCUUGAGACUCCCUCUCUUGCUCAAUGGUUUAGUGUACUUGUUUAACGUCUUUAUCGAUAAACCGGAGACAAGAAAGUUGAUCAAUGAAUCAAGUUUGUUCCCCACGGCAGAUCCAAGCAGCCCGGAAUUCAUCCUUCGCGAUCUUGUCGUUUCUGCAUGCAUCUCCAUGACCGUCUGGUCCGUCCCAUUCAUCAUCGACCUCGUCUCCGUUAUAGUCACUGUCCACGCAGCAGCUCUUGCUCAUAAAGAUGAUAACAUCAAGAUCAAACACCCUUCGGUUCUGACCCUUAAAUCUUUGAAGAGAACCCUUGUAACCAGUUUCUACAUUACUCUUGCAAAUUCGUUACUCUUCUCCGUUAUAAUCGUGUUACCUUUCCUUUGGUUCUCUCCAAAUUUCCAUUCCUCCUUGGUAGUCACGCCUGGUGCUCGAUGGAAGCUGUUUGUGGUCUUCAAGUGCUAUUUAGUCUUCCAGUGGUAUGUUGGUGUCGUUUGGCACUUAUCUAUGGUCAUAACGAUACUCGAGGAAACUUGUGGGAUCCAAGCUUUGGGGAAAGCUAAAAAGAUUGUCAAAGGGAUGAGACCAAAACUAUUCCUCUUGAAUGUUUUCUUCGGAUUAUUGUCCUACGGUUUAGCUAAGAUCGCGAGACAGAUCGAUUCGGGAGGUUUAUUCAUGGGUUUAGUCCUUGAGAGUUCGAUAUUUGCAGUGAGGAUGUUCCAGUUUGCGACCUACACCGUUGCGUAUUCCCAACGUAAUAAGCGCUUCCAAGGCAAAGACGUUGGUCGCCCCACGAUGACCAACAUACCAAGUUAG